AUGUCGGUUCUUGCAGGCAUGGCGCUGGUUUCUCAGGCUGGUUCAUCAUACUGUAUACCUACGGAGAUAAGCCACUGCAAAACUGCACAAAAUAUGGUUAUUGGUAUGGCUGGUAGCAUUGAUGCAUCUAAGCUAAAGGAAACACCUUCCAGAUUCUCGUCAUUAUCGUGUAAUUCUAGCAAGACACCUCAGAUUCUGAGUUCAGAGAGUUCGUCAGUAGGAACAAAAAGAGGGCAUCGAGUUGUCGUUGCUGCAAGCCCUCCUACAGAAGAUACUGUCAUUGCCGCAGAACCACUAACAAAAGAGGAUCUUAUUGGAUAUCUUGCCUCUGGUUGCAAGCCUAAGGAAAAUUGGAGUGCUUUGGUAAAGAAGAGUUUUUUGCUCCUUGCCCUGGGUAACAAACUUGUUUAUAUUCCAUUUCAUUUUGUUUUGGUUGAUACUCGAAUAGGAACAGAACACGAGAAGUUUGGUUUUGAGAUUGGAACUUCACGUCCUAUGAAAUACGAACAAAUUGCAGAGUUGCUUCAUGGUAUUGCUGAGAGAUUUGACUGGGACAAAAUUAUGGAAGGUGACAACAUCAUAGGACUUAAACAGGGGAAGCAAAGUAUAUCAUUAGAGCCUGGUGGUCAGUUUGAGCUCAGUGGUGCACCUCUUGAAACUUUGCAUCAAACGUGUGCUGAGGUCAAUUCACACCUUUAUCAGGUGAAAGCAGUUGCGGAAGAAAUGGGAAUUGGAUUCUUAGGAAUUGGCUUCCAGCCCAAAUGGGGACUUAAAGACAUACCUGUUAUGCCCAAGGGAAGAUAUGAUAUCAUGAGGAAUUACAUGCCCAAAGUUGGAUCACUAGGACUUGAUAUGAUGUUUAGGACUUGCACUGUUCAGGUUAACCUGGACUUCAGUUCUGAAGCUGACAUGAUAAGAAAAUUUCGUGCUGGCCUUGCUUUGCAGCCGAUAGCAACAGCUCUAUUUGCAAACUCACCUUUCACUGAAGGAAAACCAAAUGGCUACCUCAGCAUGAGAAGCCAUAUCUGGACUGAUACUGACAACAACCGUGCUGGCAUGCUCCCGUUUGUUUUUGAUGACACCUUUGGGUUUGAGCAGUACGUUGAUUAUGCUCUUGACGUUCCAAUGUAUUUUGUUUACCGGAAAAAGAAGUAUAUUGACUGUACUGGAAUGUCAUUCCGGGACUUUUUGGCAGGAAAACUUCCUUGCAUUCCUGGUGAAUUGCCAAAUCUUAAUGACUGGGAAAACCAUUUGACAACAAUAUUUCCUGAGGUCAGGUUGAAGAGAUACUUAGAGAUGAGGGGUGCUGAUGGAGGGCCUUGGAGGAGGUUAUGUGCGUUACCAGCAUUUUGGGUAGGGCUGUUAUAUGAUGAAGACUCGCUUCAAAGUGUUCUAGACAUGACAGCUGACUGGACUCCUGAAGAAAGACAAAUGUUAAGGAAUAAGGUUCCUAAGACAGGUCUAAAGACACCAUUUCGGGAUGGACUGUUGAGACAUGUUGCAGAAGAAGUUCUAAAGCUGGCUAAGGAUGGCUUAGAAAGAAGAGGCUUUAAGGAAGUUGGUUUCUUGAAUGCAGUGGCUGAGGUGGUUAGCACAGGCGUAACACCAGCAGAGAAGCUUUUGGAACUUUAUCAUGGAAAGUGGGGGCAGUCUAUAGACCCUGUUUUUGAAGAGCUACUUUACUAG